UUUAAGAGUCUAAGUAUCUUUGAUCACUUUAUAAAUUUGUAUGAAAAUGUAUAUCCGUACAUGUAUGCCAAGCAAAAGUAGUGCCGAUGGCUGCAGAUAUAGAGAGAUGGUGAAAUUAGAUCACCACCCACUCACUAAUUCUAUCACACAUGAAUCACACACUCUCUCCCAAGUCUCAGCACUACUAGCUUAAUUUUGCCCAUAUUAUACAUAUAUUCACAAGCACUAUUUAUACAUUUCCAUCAGAAAGGCCACCGCAUUCAGUAGACUUCCAACAAAAGCUCUCUCUCUCUCUCUCUCUCUCUCUCUCUCUCUCCUGCUUUACAACAUCUGCAAGAAUGGAAAGUGGGGGGAAUGAGUAUAAGAAAGGUCUUUGGACAGUGGAGGAAGACAGAAUUCUAAUGGAUUAUAUCAGGGAGCAUGGCAAGGGCAAGUGGAAUCGUGUCAAUAAAGUUACAGGAUUGAGGAGGUGCGGCAAAAGUUGCAGAUUAAGGUGGAUGAACUAUCUAAGUCCCAACGUGAAGAGAGGUGACUUCUCUGAGGAAGAAGAUGACCUCAUCAUUCGACUCCAUAACCUCCUUGGCAACAGAUGGUCCUUGAUUGCUGGACGUGUUCCUGGCAGAACUGACAACCAAGUCAAGAACCAUUGGAACACUCAUUUGAGCAAGAAGCUUGGUGUCAGUUCAAAGAAAGGAAAGACCAAAGCCAAGACUUAUCCUGACUCAGAACGAGCAAAAAAGAACUCCUUCACGCCCUCGUCGAACUCAAACUCCGAGCUGCAGCCACUUCCCAAUUCUGAUUCCAAUUCCAAUACAUUCGGUGAUGAUGAAGUUGCAGCUGUCAUUAAUGGAUUUGAUGAUGAGAUAAUAAACGUCAAGGACAAUAAUAUUGGCUUUAAAAGUGGGGUUAGUUUUAGCGACAUGUGGGAGGCGAUGAUGAUUAGCAAUGACCUUAAUCUAUAUGGCUCUUAUUUAUUGGACCCUACUCUGGAUGAUCACUACCCUUUUCAAUUUGAUAAUUUGUAGACUUUAUUAUUGUAUUAUUGUAGAUCUUUAAUCUGUAUUUUCACUAAUUGAUAAUCUAAUUUAUUUUUUGUUAA